AUGGGUAAAUCGGUGCUGGAUCAUAUCAGUACUGAAUCACCGUAUGAGCACCUCGUGAAAACAGAGUUGGCGCAACUCCAAAAAGUUCUGCUGCAGCAGCAUACGUUGGAAACCAAGAACUUGAAGAGUUCCAACGAACGUCUGCGCAAAGAGUUGGAAAAGUACGAGGCCAUUGUGGAGGAGCAAAAGAUCAAAGAGUCAAUGACCCUGGGAAUCACUCCUCCAGCAGAACCUUUGGCCCCUCCCAUGGAACGAUGGGCUUUGCUUGCUGAGAGGUUGAUGGAGGAGCGGCCUGGAGGUGAAAAGGAAGUGUAUGACGAACUUCCGAAGGUCGAACUUCACAUGCGCAGCGUCUGGAAGGUCUCCCUACAGGAGAUGAUGCGGCGACGACACCACGGGAUGGUCUUGGCCAUGCGCGGGGCAUCUGAUGAGAUGAGGAUGAAUGAAGCCGUUUUCGAAGACGCCUGCCUGCAGAAGUUCGUGGUCUAUCCUCGAAGCUCAAAACAACUACUUUGGUCGACGUUUGGCAGUUUCCUGAUCUUGUGGGACCUGGUGACCAUUCCUUUGGGUAUCUUUGAUUUGCCGGACUUCAUUCACUUCCUCAGCAUUAUUGCAAGGGUCUCCUUCUUCUAUUGGCUCAUCGACAUGCCAUUGCACUUCCUCUUCGGAAUUGAGAUAGGGGGAGCAGCGGAGCUCAGACCCUCCAAAUUGGCCAGGCGCUAUUUUCAGAGUUGGUUCCUGAUCGACCUCCUAGUGAUUACCAUGGACGCAAGCAUCAUCUUAGUGGAAAUUUUUGGGAACUUUUCGGAGAACGGGUCGACGACACUGAGCCCCUUCCAUACCGCGCGCUUCCUACGUGCCUUGCGGCUGCUACGUUUGUUACGCCUCUUGCGCGUGGCCAAGUUGCAACAGGAGAUGAUGGUGUUGGCAAAUCGAUUCCUUACGACCCACACCUUCAUGCUGAUGAAAGCAGUGGCGGGCGUUUGCAUGCUCCUUCUCAUAAACCAUAUCAUUGCAUGCUCCUGGUAUGGUAUUGGCACUUGGGACUUUGAAGGCCGCAGUUGGCUGGCACGCGUGCAGAUCUCUCAGAACGACUUUGCGGAAUCCUAUGCUGCCUCGAUGCAUUGGGCUUUGACCCAGUUUACUCCGUCAACCAAUAACAUCGCUCCCGACAACGCCAUCGAACGCUUCUUCGCUCUUGGAGUGGUUGUAUUUGCCAUUGGCAUCUUCUCGAGUUUCAUCACGCAGAUCACUGCCACCAUGAGUUCUCUACGCAUGGCUCGCAGUGAGCAGAAUCAAAAACGCGCCAAACUCUUGCAGUUCUUCAGUGAACGUGGCCUUUCAGUAGGGCUCUUUGGGCGCCUUGGAAGAACGAUGGCGGGGGAUCCUCCAAGUAGCGAAGAACUCUGGCAGAGGAAAGUGCAGCAAGCACUGCAGCAAGAGGGACACUUCGAAGUGCGACUGAAGGAGCCUGAUGUGAUGCUCAUCCAGAAGAUCCCAGAGCGACUGAAGAUGCAGCUACACGAGGAGAUGUUUAUGAACUCCUUGCUCAGCUUGAACAUUUGGCCCUCGCGUAAGGACAUCGGGGGCUUCUUGGCCACGAUCUGUCACCACGCCAUGCAGGAGCACUCGGCAGUCCCCGGGCAGGAUGUCUUCCUCCCUGGCACCGACUGCCACGACGUCUACGUAAUUGAGUCGGGCUCCAUGGGCUACGUGACGGUUGCUGGUGACCUUAUUGGUGAGUUCACAGCGGUGCAGGGCGGCCUAUGCCUGCCGUGCCUCUGGUGUGUGCCUGGGCCUGGAAGAUUUUCCCAAACAUGA